GAGAAUCAAUAUUACUUUUCGCCGGCGAUUCGCCAUUUUCGUCGUAAAAUUUUUCGUGAGCAACGGAACACACGUCAUACGUAGUUUUCCCCGACAGUGAAUCAGUCUCUGCGAUGUUGAGCUCUUAAGAAACCAACUGCCGCAACGUUCAGCUACGAUGUAGCACUAAAACCGAGUGCGAACGGCCGUAUUUCUGCUUUAGCCAAAGUUUCUUUUCAUCGCUUUUACCGCAGUGUCUAUAUUUCAUUUUCUCCAUAUCACGAACUAACUGUUCAAGCAAUUUAACAAUAUCAAUAUCGUACAAAUAUCACGGACCGGAUCUAUUAAAACAGCAAAAGAAUUAUUAUUGCUGUUCGUGUAAACAUAAAGUGAUCGAAAUAAGUAAAAUCAAAUUAUCAAUUUGACCAAUACGAACCAACUAAGUUACAUCAGUGAAACGAAUCAGCUGAUUGAAAUUGUCAAGAGCAACAUCGACUGGAAGAAUUCUAGUGACAUCAUUGGAGCUGAAGAAGAGCUUUGUUCCAAGAGACAAGUCUAAUUAAUUAAUAUCAGAAGAGUUAAACCAAAAUUCUCCAGACAUCUUUUCUCAAGGAAACUGAAGUUAACGAAACAGAGGAGACUAAUCUUUUGAAAUAUUACAUUACAUUAAAGAAUAGUCACUGAGAGGAUCGAUAAAGAAGGAAAAGGUUCGGUUAAGGUAAGAACUCCAUAGUUGGAGUGACCUAAAACAAUCCAUUGUUACGAACGAUCUUCUAUGCGGCAAGAAUCCAAAAACGGUCUGAAGAUCAGGCCACCGGGUGACCACGGUGUGCAUCACAGUGGGGUCAUGCUUGAAGAAGACAUGGCUGGCGCUCAGGAUACGAUAUACCUGUGCAACUUCCGUGUUUCUGUCGACGGCGAGUGGCUGUGCCUGAAAGAGCUUCAGGAUGUCGAGUUUUCGUUGCAGGAGUCGAUGCAACGUUCACCAUCGCCACCGCUCGCUCUCAGUGGUAUUAACCAUCAUCAUCAUCAUCAUCAUAACGAUCAUCAUCGUCAGCAACAGCUUCCCGAUCAGCAAGAGCUUCGCGAUAUAAUGCCGCCAAGCCCACCGCCAUUGCAGCACGUUUCCAGCUUGUCACGCGAUCCAGUCAUCAUCGAGAGGAGUAAUCUUGUGAAUAUUUCGAAAUUAAUUGUGAAGGAGCUGAUCGAAACGUCUUUGAAGUAUGGUCGGAUGCUCGAUUCUGAUCAUAUGCCAUUACAACAUUUUUUCAUCGUUCUUGAACACGUGCUUAGGCAUGGUUUACGACCAAAGAAGGGUCUACUUGGACCCAAGAAGGAGCUUUGGGAUAUACUUCAGCUCGUUGAGAAAUAUUGUUCCGAAGCACAGGACAUUACGUCCAGUAUUCGUGAUCUACCUACUGUUAGGACUGCAAUGGGUAGAGCGCGAGCAUGGUUGCGUAUGGCGUUAAUGCAGAAAAAGCUAGCGGACUACUUGAAAGUUUUAAUCGACCACAAGGAAGAUAUAUUGUCCGAGUAUUUUGAGCCUGACGCUCUGAUGAUGAGCGAGGAGGCAAUCGUUAUAAUGGGCUUGUUGGUGGGUUUGAACGUAAUCGACUGCAACUUCUGUGUAAAGGAAGAAGACCUCGAUUGUCAACAAGGUGUGAUCGAUUUCUCGCUAUACCUGCGAAACAGCAAUCAUAUACCCGGUGAAUCUCCAGACGACGAGCUUGAAAAUGAUAACAUGACAACUGUUCUCGACCAGAAAAAUUACAUCGAGGAACUAAACCGACAUCUAAACGCAACUGUGACAAACCUUCAAGCCAAAGUGGAAUCCUUGACAACGACAAACGCUCUUAUGAAGGAGGACCUAUCUAUCGCUAAAAAUAACAUUCUAUCGCUUCACGAGGAGAAUAGACAAUUGAAAAAAGAGUUGGGAAUCGAAAUCAAAGACACGAACGAGAAUGGAAAACCACCGAUCAAAAUUACUGAAACGACGACAGAGAUCGAGGAGUUGAGAAGUAGGCUAGAUGCUGAAAAGAAAUUGCGGCAGGAUGUAGAAAAGGAAUUGGAAUUACAGAUUAGUAUGAAGUCAGAAAUGGAAGUGGCUAUGAAGCUGUUGGAGAAAGAUAUUCAUGAGAAACAAGAUACGAUCAUAUCGUUGCGACGACAGCUCGACGAGAUCAAGUUAAUUAACUUGGAAAUGUAUAAAAAGCUACAGGAAUGUGAGCACGAACUAACGCAGAAAGGAGAAAUGGUGAGCCGGCUUCAUGCGAAGACGAAUCAAAUCGGCAAGAUCCUGAAUAAUCUCGAGAAGUGCAACCACAUGAAAAAGGAUGGGGAAAAUAUUCGUAGCCCAACUACGCCGAGCAGUAUCUCGAAAUCGAUUCUUAAUAAGACCAGUCCCACUUCACCACGAUGUUACUCGUCUGCAGACAAUGUAUCCGCGGUUGAUUAUCAGCACCCUCCUAAUAAUCAGCAACAAUCAGCUAACAAUAAUCAAAAACCGAAUAAUAACCAGCAAACUAACAAUCACCAACAAUCCACUAAUGCUCAGCAGCAAUCCCUCACUAAGCAACCAUAUUCUCCUAAUAACAACGGACAAACGAGGGGUAACGAGCAACAAAAUGGCGCUAACGAAAAGGAAAUGGCAAAGCCUGAUACCCUAGAACAGAGUAAAUCGAACGGUGAGAUUUCUAUGGAGGCGGAGGAACAAUCGACUGCAUAAAAGAACACUGUUUCUAGAGAAUGGUUUUUAUACUAUGCAUCUUCAUACUCCGUUUAAUAUUUCGACUAAUCAAGGGCGUAUAAAUGACGGCAAAUCCUUUAUACGAACGUGUUCCUGAAAUGUCCAAUGACAUUUUAAAGAAUGUCGAUGUAUAUAGAAGUACUAGUGUAUUUCAACAUUUGUUAAUUGACAAUUCUGUACAUAAUUUAUGAAAUGUGAUUUUUAUUUAAUUUUUUGUAUUUGAUAAUAGAUUUUCUUAGGUACUUAAAUUAUCUCUCUGUUUCAAUUUUUAGUUUCAAUAAAUUCUUUAACUCAUUAACUUGUUGCUAAUCUCUUGAACAUAAUAAUUUCUUUAUUUAGAGACCACCCGUCUUUCUUUCUUAUUGCUUCUGUUAAAAAUAAAUUACGUCAUAAUUAUAUCUAUAGGGUUUAAAAUCGAUAUAGCUGAAACUGAUUUGUCUUUAUUAAUUUGUCAUUUUUUAAUUAUGAAAGUUUCUAACUGAAGAAUGCCCUAGUUAAUACAUUAAUAAAUCUCCUACAUAGAAAAUCUGUAUUAUUCUGAAAUAAGUUGAAACAGAGGAGAUUAUACAUUAUUUAAGUUAGUAGACAUUGACUGUAUAUCGUGUAACUGUAAUCGGAGCCUAAAAGCAUAACUGUUAUGAUACAUUUGUGGAUAUAAUGAUUGUUAAUGAAUAGAAUUUAAUCGCGAAAAAUGUUGUUGGAUUAUUCAGAAGCACUAUUAUUAUACAUUUAACGCUAAACAAGCUAUAUCACUUAGAUCUUUCACAGGGCAGGACUUUAUAUAUCUAAAAUGCGUAGAAUAUGAACGAGAAUGAAAUAUUCGAUAUUUAAUUAUCCAGCAAUUCAUGCAUCAAUAAGCUUUUAAAUGCAACACCUGUCGUGGUGUGUUUCAAUCGAGACACUUUAUGAAUGUAACUGUGCUUUGUUACGGCAUAGUUAUGCUAUUUCAAUAAAAUUGCUAUUUUGUCCACAGAACUAUCGACGACAAUAACAUUAUUAUACACAUGUUUUUCACAUCUUCACCAUAUUCAACCAGGAUGCGUUUUAUUGUUCUUCAGAUUCUGAUUAUAAUUAUUAUCCUCUUUUUGUAGAGUGUCUCGGAUACUUAAUUUCAAUCCAUCGUGAAAACAUUGUAUCUUAACGAAUAUUAAUUAUCCUGUCAAAUUGAUAGCAAUUUUUCUCUAUCAAAUAAUUUAUCAUUGGAUUUUGUUAACAGAGAAAGUAGAUUCAUUUAUAUUUAUCGAACAUUUUCACGGAUUCCCGAUAAAUGCAAUGGAAGGUAAUAUCAAUUGACAAAUAAUUAAUAUUCUAUUUGAAACUCGACGAAAAAGAAUCUUUUAUUCAACUUAUGUUUAAUGGUAUUGAAAACUCAUGUUGCACGAUUUUCCAUUAAUUUCACCGUACAUUAACGAUUACGACGUCUGAAUCUUUUAGAAAACUGUUUUACAUUUAUCAUAUACAUAUUACAUGAUCCACAUUGGUACAGGAUGAGCUUGCAGCUAUAAAUUACACAAUGUACAUUUUACUUCUAAGGAUUACGUGCAAUUUCAGGGCUCUUCCUUUAAUCGAGAAACAAAUGAAACGGUUCUUUUUGCCUUUCACUGAAAUAGCGUUUAUUUCAGGAGUGCGAAGGCUCGCUUAAGCAUAAAACAGAACUGAUCACUAAAUUGGAGGCUAAGACGCUAUCGAUGACUGAAACCAUCCAGAAAA